AUGGAGCACCAAAAUAGGGGUAAAAUCCCACUCACUCAAGAGCGGCUUAUGGACAUGGUUUUCGAAGAAAUCGAGUCGCUUAUACGAGCAGGCAAGAAGGACUUCGUUGAAUCUAAUAUCUUGAAUAGUCCGCUCCACGAGUAUGCUUUGGAAGUAGCGCGGAAGUAUGUAGGACUGCCGUGUAAGCCUAGCCUUGACGUUUUACUCUCUCAGCACACCCCAACUCAAGAGCAAGACGGAGUUCCAUCUUCUCUCGAAAAUACCAAGAUUCAGCACUGGCACCAGCUUUUCGACCAGGCUAACCUCGAGCGUAAAGGACUCGCUAACAGCAUGCGGUCCGACUCUCGCAGGAUCGUGCUUCCCGAGAACUGCGCCGUCCGGAGGGCAAACCCUAUUCUAGACGACAAACGGGGGGCAUUCCCGGGCGAGACCUGGGAGCACAAGAGGGUGAAUCCUGGACCUACUCUCGGCCCGCUAUCACAAUUCAAAUCAUCGCUGGUAAAACCUUUAGUUACUAAAGUUGAUGCCCUAGGUAUAACUAAAACGAGAAGUAGCGCCGUCGAACCAGUAGAUGGCGGAUCUAAAACCGAGGAUGAUGUAAUGGAAGUAGAAGAUAAGGAAGAGAGAAGGACAUCGUCUUAG